AUGCAAAAAAUACAAUCAAACAAACAAACAACUGAUAUUAAUAAUUCUUCGAAACCGACAACAAUAAAUCCAAAUAAACGUAAAAGAGAUGUUUCAUCACAAGAUUUAAAACUGAAUUCAACAUUAGUACGAUCUACAAAUACUAGUCAACCAUUAUCGAAGAAAAUAAAGGAAAAAAAUAAAACAACAACUAAUUCUUCAAUGCAAAACGAUAACAAUACUAACAAAAGGAAAUAUCGACGACCCAUGUAUUUAAAACGAUUAUUACCAAGAUUUUUUAAACGAAUAAGUAAAAUUUUAAACUAUUCAUUGAAGGACAAAGUUACGCGAGAUUUUCUCAUUGCACGACUUGAAUUAUUGGACGAACAAUAUUGUUUAACAGUUGAUCAACAAUUAUGGCAAUCCUAUGUAAAUAUUGGUAUAGAACAUCAAAUAUGGCCAAAUCAACUCUAUAACAUGGCAAAGACUACUGAUUUUGAACUAUGUCAGCAAUAUGUUAUCAAGUAUAUCAAAGAUAUUGAACAUGAACAUAAUCUAUGUCAAAUGAAACUAAGAGAACAAUCUCAAUUAUGUUCAAUAACAACAUUACCAUUAGAUCGAAUCGAUUCACACAUGAAAAAAAUUGUUCAAAAUGAACGACAUUAUCUAUCAUUAAGAAAUAAUGAACAAUUAUCCAAAUUCAAAGAUGAUCUUCAUGAACAACAAUUAUUUGAAACUAUAAGUCAAUAUCGUUUAACAUUCGAUCAAAAUGAAUAUCUGAAUCAAUUAAUGUCUAUACGAAACGAACAAGGAAAAAUUUGGGAAGAAUAUCUUGUACUACAUAUGCGAAUACUUUGUAAUUUUUUACCACUAAAGUUUAAUGAAUUGGAAAAUUUUACUUCACCUACGAUUUAUACACCAAAAAUUCAAAAUAAACUUGCAAUUCAAGUCAAUAAUGACCGUAUAAAAAUUAUUAAAGAAACGAAACGUAUAUGGCUUAAUAUUGCUUUCUAUGCGUAUGAAGUUAAAUUACAAGAAUAUGAUCACCAAUAUCAAUCUAUAUGGUUUGAAUUAAAAUCACGAUUAUUCAAUGAUACAACUGUCAAUGGCAAUGUCAUUUUCAAUCAUUUCAACGAAUAUAUGACUUCUCAAACAAACAAAUUAAAAAGUGAUAUUCGGCAUAAUUUGACAUCUUAUCGACACAUAUUACUUGAAAAUCGUCAACGUUCAGUAUCCUCCAAGAAUACAAUUCGUGUUUCUCCUGAGCCAUAUCUUGAUUUACUGGAAAAUCCAUUCAAUGAACCUGAAUGGAAUUAUCUUUGUCUUGGUCCAUCUUUUAUACGUUUAAAUCAAAGUGCCAUUCGUACUGUAGAUCAACAAAAAAGUGAAAUUAAAAAUGAACAUAAAGAUAUUACAAAGAAAGUUGAAAGUCAUCUUAUUAAACAUUAUCAUAUCCCAUGGAAAUCACGUGCUUUAACAGACUAUUCGAAUGAAGUAUUCGAUCAUUUUAAUCAAUGUUAUUUUACUCCAUUAUCAUGCAAAGAACAAAUUGAAGUGCUCGAACAAGCACAAAAGACUACAUCAAUUCGACAAAAAAUUAAAAAAUAUGAUCUCAUUCUUCGUCUUACUGAUAAGAGUAAUAAUUUUUAUAUUGGUUCAGCUAGUGAAUUUGAAAAGAAAGCCGAAAAAUUUUUCCAAGAGACAAAUGCUUUUAUGGAAAUUUCAAUAAAUCCAUUCAAUCAAAUUCAAGAUCAAGUUAUUCAAUUACUCAAUAGAUUACGUUCAAAACGACUCAUUUUACAACGGCAAUAUAAUGAAAUGAUGCCUGAUCGAAAAAACUCUGAGCUAGCACAUUUAUAUUUUAAUCCAAAAACUCAUAAGGAUGAAAUACCAGUUAGACCAAUUGAAAGUACAAUUCAUUCAUCAACAAGAAAUAUAUCACAAUUUUUAGAUAAAAUAAUACGACCUAUAUUUGAUGAUAAAUGUGCUUCAACAACUAUUAUCGAUGGAACUUCUUUAAUUAAAGAACUUCUAAAAUAUAUUAAAAAAGGUCUCUUCAAAUCAACGACACUCUUUUGUACAUUUGAUAUUCGUAAUUUAUAUACAAUGUUACCACAAGAUGAAGCACUUGAUAUUGUAGUUGAAUUUCUUCGAUUUCAUGAUUAUACCAAAGUCAAAGGCAUUGAUCUUGAAACUAUUCGAGAAUUAGCUGCUAUUGUAUUAAAAGAAAAUGUUUUUGUCUAUGGUAAUAAAAUUUACCGACAAGUUCUUGGUGGUGCUAUGGGUUCAUCAUUUACAUUAACAUUAGCGAAUAUAUUCAUGUGGAAAUGGCAAAAAGAACUUGUUCGUCGACAAGAUAUGACAGGUGAAUUUUAUGGCCGAUACAUCGAUGAUAUUUUUAUGACCUGGAAUAAAUCCGAAAAAGCAUUACAAGAUUUGUUAGAUCAUGCUAAUACUUGGCAUUCAAAUAUUAAAUUAGAAUAUAAAAUUAGUAAAAGUCUUCCAUUUCUUGAUGUUGUUCUUACAAAUACUAAUGGUAUUCUAUCAACAUCUGUAUAUCAUAAACCAGCAGCUGAGCCUUACGUAGUGCCAUUCAAUUCUGAUCAUCCACGACACGUAUUCGUCAAUAUUAUACAAACAAGUCUCGCACGUGCUGCAAGAUAUUCAUCAACAUUUCAAACUUUUAAUACUGAACGACGCUACAUUCAAUUGUCUUUAUUAUACAAUGGGUGA